GUGGCGCGGCCAUGGCGCCGGGCGGGGAGCGCUCGCCGCGGGGUGAGGGCUGCGCGGAGCCCCACGUCGACCGGAGGACGAGGAAGCCGCUGGUGGAGAAGAAGCGCCGGGCGCGCAUCAACGAGAGCCUGCGGGAGCUGCGGCUGCUGCUGGCCGACAGCGAGUUUCAGGCGAAGCUGGAGAACGCAGAGGUUCUGGAGCGGACGGUGCGGCGGGUGCGGGCCGUGCUGGAGCGCCGCGCCCGCGGGGGCGGGCGGCGGCUCCUGGAGGCCAGCGAGCGAUUCGCCGCCGGGUACAUCCAGUGCAUGCACGAGGUGCACACCUUCGUCUCCAGCUGCCCCGGCAUCGACGCCACCACGGCGGCCGAGCUGCUCAACCACCUGCUGGAGUCCAUGCCCCUCAGCGAGGGCGGCUGCCCGGACUCGAUCACGGACGUUUUGGGGGAGCCCGCGCUCGGCCCUUGGCCCGCCGGAGAGGCGCUGGCCCUGCCCGCCGGAGCCCGGCCGGGCCCGGCCCUGCCCGCCCCGGCGCUCUCGCCCUGCCCCAGCGAAGAGACCUGCUCCGACUCGGACGAGGCGGAGGCCGAGCCGGGCCAGACCUCCACGGACGGACUGGACGCGUCCCAGACGCAGGGCCUGGCCUCGCCCGGCUCGCCCAGAUCCAUGUGGAGACCCUGGUAA